UACUACGAACUUAGUGCUCCAAGUGCAAACACGACAUAGGAACAUUAAACUAACAUACCACCUUUAAUUGUGAACUGUGGUCAUGAAGUUACUAUCUGCUUGGAUUUCAUUUGGGUGACAAUGUAGAUGGCAUUGUUGAAAAUCCCGUGAAAGGAAUCAAUUUCUAGCAAGCUAACUAUUAGCCACAUAGAGUCGAUAGGCGAGGCGGGGUAAGCAACCAGACCUGGCAGGACUUUUACCAUUACUAAAUAGUUUUAAUUUUGUAGGCCGAAGACUGACAGUGUGAUAUCAAGUAAGCCUAACUUGUAUUAUAAUGGCAUCAUGAAACACUGCAUGCAAGGCUGGCACAACCAAGGGAGGUGCCCCUGCUGAAAGCUGAAAUAGGAAGAAAGUGCCGGCGAGUCUGGAACGAGACGUGCUGGGUUGGUAUUGGGAAUAUCGCGGGUUGAUAACACAGUGAUGGAGGAGAUCCAGGCUGACGCGGAGACGGGCAGUAGUGGCGGCCGGGAGACGGCAUCCAGAGCCGGGGAGUCGGAAAGCGAUGGCAUCGCUCAUCUGGAUCUGGAUCAGAUGCGGCUGUGUGUGGGCUCCUCUGAGGGUUCCAGGCCUGAGAGUCCUUCUCCUUGCAGUGAUGGGGUUGGUUUGCUCUCGUUGCCAUGGGAGAUGGUGACUCGGAUCGCCUCCCACUUACCUGCUCAGUGCAUCAUCAAUGUCCUGCCACAGGUGUGCCGUGUGCUGGGUGAGGUGGGCGAGGACGCGUCGGUGUGGCAGCACAGAGCGCAGCGUCUGGUGGGGGGCGGAGCCUCCUUCCCCGCGGGGCCGAGGGAGCAGCUGGACUGGGCCGCCGCCUGCCUGGAGAUGGAGCAGCUCCUCCUCCUGUGGAGCAGCCUGGGGGAGCGCAGGAGAGCAGGAGGCGCAGGAGGAGGUGCAGGAGGAGCAGAGAGGAAUGUGCCCGAGGGACAGGAGGGAGCGAGAGAGGAGGAGGAGGAGGAGAGAGGAGGAGGAGGUGCUGGAGAGAGGAACGUGCCGGAGGGAGCGAGGGAAGAGGAGGAGGCGCAGAGAGGAGGUGAAGAAGCGCAGGCACAGAGAGGAGAGGAGCAGGAGGUGAGGAGGCAGCCUGAGGGAGGAGCAGCAGGAGGAGGACAGGAGGAGCGGAGAGGAGGUGCGGAGAGACUGCAGCAGGAGGAGCAUAGAGGAGGUGCGGAGGAGAGACAUGAGCAGGAGGAGCAGAGAGGAGGUGCGGAGGAGAGGGCAGGAGAGGAGAGACAUGAGCAGGAGGAGCAGAGAGGAGUAGGAGUCGGGGAGGAGCGAGACGUGGUGGCCAUGGAGGUGGAGCGGCGGGAGGAGGUGCAGGAGGAGGAGGAGGAGGACCUGCUCCCCUCUCUGGAGCGCUUCUCUCUCCCGCCGGGCCACAUCGCCGACGUCCACUCCGUGCUCCUCUUCGGGGGUCAGGGGUCGCUCUGCGCCACGGGCUCCCGCGACCGCAACGUCAACCUCUGGGACCUGCGCCAGGAGCCGGGGUCGUCGGGGGGGUCGCCGGGGGGGUCGCGGGGUCGUCUGCUGCAGACGCUGGGCGGGGCGGGGGGGGCGGGCGCCCACAGCGGGUGGGUGUGGUGUCUGGCGGAGAGGGAGGGGCUUCUGGCGUCGGGCGCGUUCGACAGCACCAUACGCCUCUGGGACCUGGCCAAUCACGGAGCGCCCAGGGGCGUCAUCACCGGCCGCGCGCCCGUCAUCUGUCUCUCGUGGCAACCCGACGCACUGCUCGCCGGAUCACACGACAAGAAGAUCAGAGUCUACGACCACAGAGCCUCUCAGCCCCUAGUGAAGACGCUGCAGCUUCACAGCAGUGCGGUGUUGAGUCUGGAGGCUAACGAGCGCUACAUCAUCUCUGGGGGAAAAGACAACACCAUCGCCCUCUACGACCGCCGUGCAGCUAAACUACUCAACAAGCUCACGCUGGGGUCGUUCCUGUUGUCCAUGUCCAGCUGUGGUCAGGAGGUGUGGGCGGGGGAUAACCUGGGCCAGAUACACACCUUCUCCCUGCAGCACGGCCUCCUGCGGCCCCUCGGACGCUUCAACGUGGGACACACACACCUGGUCACCGGCAUCCACUACUCACCUGGGAGCCUGUACACCUGCUCAUCAGACCGCACAAUACGGGUCCAUCUCCCUAGCGCCCCCCCAAGGACUGUGUGCACACUGCAGAACCCCACGCCAGUCAACGGGUUGAGUGUGGAGGCCGGGGUGUUGGCGGUAGCGUCUGGUAAUAUGGCCGUUGCGGUGUGGAGACCCCCCCAGUGACCCUACAUCCCAUAAUGAGGGACUCACCUGGUUGCCAUGGUUACUGCUGUGCCAGGAGCCUCUGCAUGAGCUCACAUGACAUGGACAUCUGUCUGUGUGUGUGUGUGAGAGAGUGUGUGGGAGAGAGUGUUUGUCUGUGCCACAUUUGGCAUUAUUGAGUAUGUGUUUGUGACCUUUCCUGCAGCGUGUGUGUGUGUGUGUGUGUGUGAGAGAGAGCAUUUUAACCAUGACCAGGAGCACACACACACUGAUGAUGUUCCUGAGAAGCCCAAAGACUGAUGUGUAAUUAAUGUAUAUCACAUAUAUGUCUAAUAUAUAGCAGUGUCAUAUCCAACUCUGUGUGUGUGUGUGUACUAUAUGUAUAGUGUGUGUGGGUUUAAAAUAUUUUCUAUGUGGAAUCUAGAAUGUACGCACACCUAUGGUCACUUCUUACCGACUGUCCUGAAGACUGAGGCUCUUCUGUGUGUGUGUGUGUGUGUGUGUGUGUGUGUGUGUGUGUGUGUGUGCAUGCGCGUGUGUGCACAUGUGUGUGCGUGUGUGAAUGUGUGUGUGUGUAUGUGUGUGUGUGUGUGUGUGCGCUUUUAGAACAGCACACACUGCUGAAGUGGCUCCGUUGUGGGGCGUCUCUAAAGCACAGCUUCACACACUCACGUGAGCUUCAGGACAUUACCUCACACUCCCUUUCUCUCUCCCUCCCUCCCUCUUCCCUCUCUCUCUCUGUCUUUCACACUCUCUCUCCCUCCCUCUUCCCUCUUUCUCUCUCCCUCCCUCUUCCCUCUCUCUGUCUUUCUCUCUCUCUCCCUCUCCCUCUUCCCUCUCUCUCUCUUCCUGUCUGUGUCUUUCACACUCUCUCUAUCUCACUCAUGUCCACGCUCUGUUUGCUUUCUCUCUCUCUCUCUCCCUCCCUCUUCCCUCUCUCUCUCUGUCUUUCACACUCUCUCUCCCUCUGCCCCUUCCCUCUUUCUCUCUCUCUUCCUGUCUGUCUUUCACUCUCUAUCUCACUCAUGUUCACGCUCUAUGUUUGCUUUCUCUCUCUCCCUCUCUCCCUCUCUCCCUCUCUCCCUCUCUCUCUAAGUCAGUCUCUCCCUCCCCCCCUCCCUCUCUCUCUCCCUCCAUCUCCCCUCCCCAUCUCCCCUUGUCUCUGCUCUGAGGUAAAUAUUCUCCAUGUCUGGAUUUCUGUGAUGGCUGGACUUAUCGUGAUAUAAAGUAAAUUCACAAUUAAAUUAAUAACCUUUUUUACUGUUCUGUAUUUGCUUUGGGUUGUUUUUUUUAUUUAAUAUAUACAGAAACAACGUUUUUCAUGUUACAUUUGUAAAAAUGAGUAAAUGUCAAAGUCUGAUGUUUCUCUAAAUAAAUUCAC